UUAAAAGGUAUUUCAUUUUUAAAAUCGUCAUUGUGCUGCAGAGCAGAAACCCUGUUGUGUUUGGGUGGACACACAAGAAGUUGUCAGGCGUUCCUGUUUCCCGUAAUACCAGUGACAUGUGGGAAGUGCACUGAGUCAGCUGCUCUAACACGCCAUCAGCAGAUAAAAAGCCCGUUUGCCUCUACAAAGUGCGGCGAGAAAGUGGGGAGACAUCCUGCAGCAAACAUGUCAGGCUGUUUGGAGCGUUACGGGAAUAUACUGAACGUUGACACAACUGGAGCUUCGGAGGCAACUGCGAAACCAGAAGGUCUGAGCUAUGCAGGAGUUCCUGCCUCAGAGAAGAUUGCAGAAAAAGAUUUGAAGAACAUGGAGAAAUACCAAGCCAAGAUUACACAAGCUGGCAACAGCAAGUGUGUUGAUCCAGCUGUGAUUGCUGGUAUUAUCUCUCGAGAGUCGCAUGCUGGGACAGUGCUGAAGGAUGGCUGGGGUGACCAUGGAAACGCAUUUGGUUUAAUGCAGGUUGACAAACGGUACCAUAAGAUUGUCGGGUCAUGGGACAGUGAAGAGCACUUAGCACAAGGCACAGAGAUUUUAUGUGGGAUGAUAAAGGAAAUCCAGAGGAAAUUCCCAAGUUGGACAAAGGAACAGCAGCUCAAAGGUGGGAUCUCAGCCUAUAAUGCGGGAGCUAACAACGUCCAGAGCUAUGAUAGAAUGGAUAUUGGCACAACCCACAAUGACUAUGCCAAUGAUGUGGUUGCAAGAGCCAAGUUUUAUAAGAGAAAUGGAUACUGAGAUACCCGAGUGAUGAUUAGAUUUGAGUCACUGGUUGUGUACUUUGCUUCUAAUUAAAAAAAUUCUGGAUUUCUCCCCCAGAAAGAGUAAGAAUGGGGGAGGGCAAUGAAUCCAGAAACUAGUGCAAGCUUUCAAUGGUUUUUUUUCAGCUAAGGCUAAAAAAAUCACUUUAAAAGGUAACACUGCUAAUAAUCCAAACUGCAACCUAUCUUUUGCCAUUUAUUUUUUAUGUCACUUCACGAGAAUAUUCUAGCAGAGUUUUCAUCUGUGCUUGCAGUUUCUCAAGCAGCAGAUUAAUGCUGCAAGAAAGUUGUAACACUGCUUAACAAGAUUUUAUCUGCCUUAGAUUUUUAUCUGUCAAUACGUAUGUCUAACAGCAGUACAAAAUUGGUUUUUAACAACUUGCAAUUUUGGAAUUGAGCAUUUGCAAUAAAUAUUGCAUAUGUUUAAUCUACCGGAAGAGUGUAUCACAGUGUAUCAUAUCCUUUCAGAAUACUUGCUCUUAACUUUGGUGGUGUGACCCCAAAGUGGCUGUUUAUUGUGACAAGAGGGAAAAUACUAAGCUAUCCUUGACUUUUUUUUGCCCUUCAUACUACAUUUUAAGCCUUUACAGUUGCAACAAUCUGUAAAACUCAAGCUGCUGAAAUGAAUACUUCUAUUGAAGCUAUAUAUCAUCUUCAGUGCAGGGUCUGGAGUAAGAAUAUGCACAUUCCAUCAUGUUUUUAAAGUGGCAUGUAGUUUGUAAAAUCUGAUGCAAGUUCAUGCACAAUAAACAGAUCCUUUUAAUCAA